AUGCAAAAUUAAAUUAUCAUAAAUAAUUUUGUACAAAAAAAUAUUUGUUACGCAUUAUUGAGUUCAUUCUAUUAUAUUUUUAUUUAAAAGCUCACUAAUUCACUCUUUUAAAGGAGAAUGCCAUCUAAAUCUCCACUCGAUCAUCGAUAAGAUCUCCUAAGAAUCUUAAAAUGA